GUGCGUGCUCGUCCUCGCGCGCAGGUGCACCGCUGGCACAGAUCUCGAAGCGCGCUCCGGAAACUGCCAGAGCUGCCAACAGCAAACUACUAUCUCGUCUGGUCAGCGUCCUGAAGCGACUGCUUUAUACUCACUUUCAUCCUAUAAAACGUGUUGCUGUGAUAACAUACCAGAGGACUCCUUUCUGCAGAUGAUUCAAGCUGAAGCAUGAUGAAAACUCCUCCCUCUGUUACCCUUCGGGUCAAACGCAAAAAUGUUCGCCCAAUCAGAAGAAACCUCAGCCUCAGCAGACACCGUGGUCAGAACACCUGGGGUGUGGUGUGGAGUAUCCAGUCAAACCAGGGUGACCUGUAUUUUACCAAAGUGCCUCAGUCAACUGUUGUCCAGCGGCAGGAAAUGGCAGCAUAUUUCCAUCUUUUUGAGGAUGACCUGAUAAAAGACUUUCUAAGGGUGGAUGGUUGCUAUAAAUUGACAGACAAGUACCUCCUAGCCAUGACCUUUGUGUACUUCAAAAGGGCCUGCUUCACUAGUACUGAAUACACCAGAAAGAAUUUUUUCAUUGCACUGUAUCUUGCCAACACCAUGGAGGAGGAUGAGGAGGAGAGCAAGUAUGAAAUUUUUCCGUGGGCACUGGGCAAGAACUGGAAAAAACUGUUUCCCCGCUUCCUUGAGCAGCGAGACAAGCUGUGGGCUCGCAUAGAGUACAGAGCUGCUGUCAGCAGGCGCUGCUGUGAAGAGGUGAUGGCCAUUGUGUCCUCUCAUUUCGUGUGGCAGCGGCAGCGUUCCGAUCACCAUGGCGGUGCCCAGCGGCAGUAUAAUGAUGGCGACCGUGUCCGUUUUCCCCGUGGGCCCUAUGCCUCACCUGUGUCCUGUUCCCUAUGUAAGCGUGACACCAGAAUAGGCCACACCUCCUCCCUCCAGAGGCUCAGCUGUGCAAAUCCCAAAGGAGGGAAUGACUCUUCCUGCAAGUCGACAUUGAACACCUUCAUGGACUGGAUUAAUGAGUAGAGCAUCAGCGACUUCCUGUUUAAAUCAACCAAGCAGUUAAUGCUUCCUUUACUGGAUUUAAUAGCACUUUACUCUGAAGUAAAAGUCUGAAUCCCCAGUUUGUCAGUCGCCUCAAAAGUCGCCCUGUGUUGGUAUUUAUUUAUUUAUUUAACUUAUUUGUGGACUCUGUCACAUACUAUUUUUCACAGAUGUAAAUGAGUUAAGCACUGGAUGCUGUCAGUUACACAGAAGGGUUUGUUUGUAGUUUGUAUUGGUGUUGUGUUGCCAGUGUGCUGUUUGAUGAUCCAAGACUUUUGAAUUUUCAUAGUCUUCAUUGCAACCUGCUUCAGUACACUAAACUGUUCUGUUGCUCUUUACUCACACACAGAUUCUGUAUAUUCACUAUGCCACAGAGCCAUUUUCACUAAGAAGGCAAAUUUUGCAUUAAAGGACAAAUCAGUUUUGA